AUGGCCGGCGGCCGCUGCCCCGGCCGCCUGGCGCCGCUGCUGCUCCUCGCCCUGCUGGCGCCGGGCCGCCGCGCUGCGGCGGAGAACUGUGUGUGCAAAGGUAAAAGUCCCUGCCUUUGUGACAGCAUGAAAGGUAAUAAGGGUGAAAAAGGCUUCCCUGGCAUUCCUGGUCCAGUUGGUGUUAGAGGUUUUCCUGGCCCAGAAGGGCCUCCAGGGCCACAGGGACCUAAGGGUUCUCCAGGACUUAUGGGCUUACCUGGAUCUAAAGGUAUACGAGGAAUCCCGGGAAUACCUGGAUUUUCAGGCCCCCCAGGUCUUCCAGGCGAGCCGGGAACUGUUGGUCCUCCUGGGCGCCCGGGUGUUCCAGGCUGCAAUGGCACGAAGGGCGAUCGAGGUUUUCCAGGUCCUCCAGGUAGAAGAGGUACUGCAGGUGUUCCAGGUAUCCCUGGCGUGAAAGGGGAAAAGGGGUGUCCUGCAGAUGGCCAUAACCAAGGAUAUGGUGCAAAAGGUGACCCUGGAUUGCCAGGAGUGCGUGGAGUUCAGGGUUCUCAGGGUAUUCAAGGAUAUCCUGGGGAUGUUGGACCAGAGGGCCCUCCAGGAGUUUCAGGAAUGCCAGGGAGAGCAGGACCUCCAGGACCUAAGGGUCUCAUGGGAAUGAAAGUAAUAGGAAACAAAGGAAGAAAGGGUGACACUGGAUUAACUGGACCCCCUGGACCACCAGGAACUGUCAUUGUGACAUUAAGUGGACCAGACAACAUGACGGACUUGAAAGGAGAGAAAGGAGAAAAAGGAUCGAGAGGACCCCCAGGGCCAGUGGGAUUUACGGGUCCAGUUGGUGAUUCUCAGAGUGAAAAGGGUGACCGUGGAGAACCUGGAGCGCAGGGUAAACCUGGAAAAGAAGGUGCCCCGGGUCCACCUGGUUUGCGGGGACGAAAGGGUGAACAGGGCAAACCAGGGUUGGCUGGCAAGCAAGGAGCUAAGGGAAUGAAAGGAGACACUGGUCCACCUGGAGCUUGUGGUCGAACAGAGUAUUAUGAUAAAGUGGUUGGUGAAAAAGGAGAUAAAGGGCCUCCCGGACCUCCAGGCCCAAAAGGUCAACGUGGUGUGCCUGGGCCAAGGGGUCCUCCUGGAGAUGCUGGUAGACCAGGUGUGUCAAGACUUGGUCUGAGAGGUCCCCCAGGAUUUCCUGGGCCAAAAGGAAUAAAAGGAGAGAAAGGACAACCUGGUUUGCACAUCAUGGGCCCCCCAGGACUACCUGGGAUUACUGGCAGACCUGGUUCUGUUGGGUUACCAGGUCUCCCUGGAGAACCAGGUAGAAUAACAUUUAGAGCUGGCCUACCCGGACUUCCUGGAGAGCCAGGGUGUGUGGGACCUCCAGGACGUCCAGGAGAUACUGGCAUGAAAGGUGAUGAUGCUUGCCUGUGUACUGAUUGCAGCUAUAUUCCUGGAACACCUGGUCUUCCUGGUCCUCCUGGGCCACGUGGCCAAGAUGGCAUCCCUGGUAGAGAAGGAACACCAGGUUCCAAAGGAUCUCCAGGUUCUCCGGGAGCACCAGGGUAUCCAGGGCCUCGAGGACUUCCAGGUUUUAAAGGAGAUCAAGGACAUAAAGGAUCAAAAGGUGAUCCAGGAUAUGUGUAUCCAGAAGGGCCAAAAGGUGAGCAAGGAGAUCCAGGGGCUGAGGGAGACAAAGGAAGAAAAGGUUCAAGUGGAUUUCUAGGAAGACCUGGCUCUAAAGGUGCAAAGGGUUCUAAAGGCGAGCAGGGAUUAGCUGGCUCAAAAGGAGACAGAGGACUACCAGGAUUGCCUGGUAAUCUUGGUCUUGCUGGAGAGAUGGGACUUCCUGGACCACCAGGAUAUGGACCUCAAGGAACAAGAGGUCUCAAAGGCUCUAAAGGGGUACCUGGUCCACCUGGAUUACCUGGAGAAAUUGGUGUGAAAGGAGAGACCAGUACAAUAACUUCAUUACCAGGAUUACCAGGACCACAGGGACCCUCUGGUUUCCCUGGACCCCCAGGAGUGCCUGGCAGAGCUGGAUCUAGAGGUCAGCCAGGUGAUUCAGGUCACCCAGGGCCAACAGGUGACACAGGCUUUCCAGGACUUGGAUUUCCUGGAAACCCUGGUCCAAAAGGAGAUAAAGGACUUGCAGGAGGAAGAGGAUCACCAGGUUGUGAAGGAAAGAUUGGAGAUCCAGGCCGGCCUGGAAAUCUAGGACUGCCGGGAGGAAAGGGUGACCCAGGUGUAGUUAUUCCUGGAGAGCCAGGUAGAGCAGGUUCACCAGGAGGUAGUGGCGUUCCUGGCCCAAAGGGUGAUACUGGAUUUCCAGGGCUUCCAGGCCUACCAGGACAUGCUGGACAUGAUGGUGAUGAUGGCCUAAGAGGAGAUCCAGGCUUGCCUGGAAUUCCUGGGGAUCCAGGUCCUCCAGGAAAACCUGCCGAGUGUCUUAUUGGCCUUCCAGGUUUGCCAGGUGGUGAAGGAGCCACAGGCCCUCCAGGAGGAAGAGGUUCACUAGGCUCAAAAGGAAAAAUAGGCCCUCCUGGCCUGGGUAUCCCAGGAAUUUUUGGAAACCCUGGGGAACCUGGACGAAUAGGCCCUCAGGGAAAUGCAGGAUUACCUGGUCCCAAGGGACAAUCUGGAAGGCCAGGAAUCUCUGGAGUGCCUGGCCCAAGGGGAGAGCCAGGUGUGAUGGGUGCAUUAGGGGUUCCUGGACCCCCAGGUGCGUUUGGAAACCCAGGCAAUCCUGGUAGCAGAGGUUCUUUUGGCUUCCCAGGACUAAAGGGAAGAAAAGGAUUACUGGGACAAAAGGGUGAACCAGGUGACAAAGGUUUUCCUGGACCAUCUGAGACUUUGGUUGGUACUGGGACUAAAGGAGAACGAGGCUCAGAUGGAUUUCAAGGAAGAAUGGGUUUUGAAGGAGAAAAAGGAGAUGCAGGUGUGCAGGGACCUCCAGGUCUUGCUGGGUCAGAAGGAAUACCUGGCUUACCAGGUGUCAAAGGAUUUAUGGGUCUUCCAGGGAUUCCUGGAGGACAAGGAUUCCCAGGAGCACCUGGAGACAAAGGGGACAUGGGAAUUCCAGGUCCCAAAGGGCAGAAAGGAUCUCCAGGCUUUCCAGGACCAUCAGGUGACUCUGGGCAAAUAGGCUCUGAAGGCUCUCCAGGUGACAAAGGAGACCCUGGGUAUCCAGUUCCCGGGCCUCCAGGAGACCAUGGUCCAAAGGGAGAUCCAGGUCCCCCAGGGCGUUUAGGGAGCAAAGGAGAAAAAGGAUCCCAAGGUCAGCCGGGCCGUGCAGGAGUGCCAGGACGAGAUGGGAUCAGAGGGGAAUCUGGAGCUGCAGGGGUCCCAGGGAAAGUAGGACUUCCUGGCAAUGCUGGUGCUAAAGGACUUCAGGGCCACCCAGGACAAAUGGGCACUAGAGGCCCUCCAGGUGCUGUUGGAGAACCUGGAAAGAAUGGGCUUGUUGGUGAAAGAGGAAAUCAAGGUCUGGAUGGUAUGCCUGGCACCCCAGGAGAUAGGGGAGAACCAGGAGCACCAGGCAGAGGAAUCCCUGGCCUGCAAGGUAUUCCUGGUCGUAAAGGAAUCAAAGGAGACAUGGGGCUGCCUGGUUUUCCUGGGCCACCAGGUACCAAAGGUUGUCGUGGGGAUCAAGGGCCCAUUGGACCCCCUGGCAUGAUGGGAUUCCCUGGGUUCCAAGGUGCAACAGGCAUGGCAAUUCCUGGCCAAAAAGGGAACAGAGGUAUUGCUGGUGCAGAUGCAAGACCAGGUGCUCCCGGUUUUCCAGGGCCUCCUGGUCUUCCCACGCUCAGCAUGAAAGGAAGCAAAGGUUUUAGAGGGGCAGAUGGCAUACCAGGGCCUACGGGCCCAAAAGGCAACAUUGGUCUUCCAGGUCCAAAAGGAAUGGAAGGUCGAUCAGGUUUUCCUGGUGCUAGAGGAGAUCCUGGAUUUAUUGGAUUCCCAGGUGUAAAAGGAGAAAAGGGUAAUCAAGGACCUCCUGGACCACAGGGUGCAGAAGGGCCAAGGGGACCAAAGGGACAACAUGGGCCACCUGGAGUCCCUGGGAAAGUAUUCUCUGUCCCAGGAAACAAGGGGGCUCCUGGACUGCCUGGAAGACCAGGAACACCAGGUGAUCAAGGAAUUCAGGGGAUUUCUGGCCUACAAGGACCUAAAGGACUAAAAGGCCUACCAGGAAGUUAUGGGAGUCCAGGUCAGCCAGGAUUGCCUGGUCCGAAAGGAGACAGGGGCUUUCCAGGACAAAGAGGACCACCUGGACUGAUUGGCUUUCCAGGUCUCCAGGGGUUACCUGGUUCUCCAGGUGUUAUUGUCCCUGGUCCAGCAAGAAGAGGUUUUAUCUUUACUCGGCAUAGCCAGUCCAUCAAGAUCCCUGCGUGCCCCUAUGGGACAUCACAGAUCUAUGUUGGCUAUUCACUGCUCUUUGUACAAGGAAACGAACGAGCACAUGGACAAGACCUUGGAACAGCUGGUAGCUGCUUGCAGCGAUUUACCACCAUGCCAUUCUUGUUCUGUAACACCAAUAAUGUUUGCAGUUUUGCUUCUCGCAAUGAUUACUCAUACUGGCUGUCAGCUGCAGCAACGAUGCCAGUAGACAUGGCACCGAUUUCUGGCAGAGCUCUAGAACCCUAUAUAAGCAGGUGUGUUGUCUGUGAAGGAGCUGCAAUGGUAAUAGCAGUUCACAGCCAAACAACUGUAGUUCCUGCAUGCCCAGAAGGUUGGACUUCUCUCUGGAAGGGAUUUUCUUUUGUUAUGUACACAAGUGCUGGCUCAGAAGCUUCUGGACAAGCAUUGGCAUCACCUGGGUCUUGCUUGGAAGAAUUUCGAGCCAUCCCAUUCAUUGAGUGCCAUGGCAGGGGGACAUGCAACUACUACACAAAUUCCUACAGCUUCUGGUUGGCUUCACUAAAUCCAAGAAGAAUGUUCAGGAAACCUUUGCCACAGACUUUGAAAGCAGGAGAAUUAGAAAACAUCAUAAGCCGCUGUCAGGUCUGCAUGAAAAUACCAGUCUAAAUAAUGGGCCUUGCUGAUGGAGCAGCAAACUGCUUUUAUUUGAGGGGGAAAAAAUAGUAAAAAUAAAGCCUACUCCUGAAGAGCUCUAACUUAUUAAAGCCCAGUUGCAUCUGGAAAGAAAAUUAUAAAUUGCCAGUGCAGCACUAUGGUGAGGUAGGGCAACGGUAUGACCUUUUUCCUUUGGCAAAUGACAAAGCACUUUGUUAGAAUAAGCUUGCAACAGCAGUCCCGCAGGGACUUCUCCUGAACUGUGUCGUUUCUGAGCAUCUUCAUGAUAACACUGUGGCACUGCUGGCAAACUUUAAUGAAGGAUGUUAAUGCUGCCUUGUACCAUGUGCUUUUCAAUCUGCAAGACAAACUAAAUGCUGUAAUAUCAGCUUACAGAUGUUCAGUGUUCAAAGUAGAUAUAAUUUAAGAUAAAAAUCUGGCAUUUGAGAGAGAUGGAGUUCAAUAGGAAAUUGCUUUUCAGUGCACUUUUAAAUAUAUAUUGAUUCAUUUAGGGUUGUUUUGGUUUGGUUUUCUUGUCUAAUAAACAAGUAUCUCCCCACUUAUCCGUCUUGUGGCUGAGAAACAGGAAUACGUUUUUUUGUAUCCCUGCAAUAACAGUGGUUCCUUACUAGCCAGAAGGGUGGCUCUGCUCUGCUUGGUAGGCUAACCCAAGCUGUUGGAAGGUCUUUAGAUUCAGUGGCUUUUGGCAAACAUUAUAAAAAUCUUUAGUUUCCUAACAAGUUGACAGUAUUGGGCCUUUAUUAUGAUUGCAUGCUUUUGUCUCUACUGACAAAGAACUAUCGUAACUUGAAAUGUUGAUGGAAUUUGCAGUUAGUGUAUGGCUCAAGGGCUCCCAGGGCAUUAUCAGUUUAGCACACACCCUUCCAGAUAAUCCCUGUCUUCCUUUUUUAUUGCA